AAACAAAAUCAAUUCAGCUAACAACUGGUGUUUUAUUAUCCAACUCACACAUUUGUUACUGCUGCUUAUCUAGCUUGCGUACCGCCCCACUAAAAUAGAUUACAACAAAUCUUUGAAAAACAAUCGACAACAAGGCUUUUGAGAGAUGACAGUCACAAUCCUUAAGGUUAAAUUUGUCUCUGAAGAAACAUUAUUUGAAUAUGGAUCACUUCCAAUUGAGUUUGAUAUUUGUUGUUCCUCACCUAAAUCUUCAUCAUCAUCUUCAAAUUCCAAAUCAAAGACAAACUCAAAGAGAAAACAACAAGUCAAAUGGUCUGAAGAAGAUGAUAGAAUUUUGAGAAUGUAUGCAGAGAAGGAAUAUUCAUGGAAGGAAAUUGCAACCAACUUUUUAAAUGAUAAAUUUACUCCACAACAACUUCAUCAAAGAUGGAAGAGAGUUUUAAAUGAUAGUAUUAAUAGAGAGCCAUGGUCUGAAGAAGAAGACAAGGCCAUUAUUGAAUAUGUUAAGAAGUAUGGUUGUACUUGGUCAAAAUUGAGAACUCUGCUUGGAACUCAAAGAACUGACACAAUGGUCAGACAACGUUGGUUAAAGAUUACAAAUGGUCAAGGUCUAGUUGGUGUUGCAUCAAAGCAUAAUCAACCAACUUCAUUGGCAUCACUCUCUAACUCUUCUACUAAUAGUGAAUCUAGUCCUAAUACUAUUUCUCAACCACCUAAUAAUAUUCAAUCCAUUGUAAAUAGCUUCAAUGAAGAAAAUGAUGUCUUCGAUUUUAUUAAGAAACAUCAACUUAUUACUCCACCUCAACAAGUUCAACAACCAGUUAUUGAAAAGCAACCAAUUAAGAAACCUGUUCAACCAAUAUCACUUGAUAGUUUAACAUGUGAUGAAGAAUUAUUUGAUCAGAGAUCAGCUCCAACUGAACCAAAGUCAACUUGUCCACCAUCCAUUAAGGAUAUUGAUCCAGCCAUAACUAUUGACUCAACAGUUUCUUCUUCUUUAGGGACUUUAUUAGAUAAUAAUUAUGAUUUGAUGGAUUUCCAUUCAUCACUUCAAACCAAUUUGGAAAGAGAAUGGUUGAACCAAAUCUUUUCACAAGAUUUCUAACUGUAUUAUAACUCAACUCUUAUAUAAUAAAAACAUUUUUGU